CAGGAGGCAUCUGGCAGAGGGAGGGGGCAGUUCACCGACGGGACGAAGCGUCUGGGGCGAGAAAGUCCCCACCCGACGAGCUCGGUCGGAGCUGAGGCGGAGGAAGGGUCCCCCGACGGCUUCCCGCGUCUCUCCACAAAGAAACCGGUUUCUUAGGAGUCCCGCGGGCGGGCGCCCCCCAUGGCGGAAGGUGGGAGCCACGACGGGGCGCCCGGCGCGCUCCUCAAGAGCGCCGUCCAGCCGGCGCUGCUGCUUUCUUGCGUCCUGCUGCUGUACCUGUGGGCGAGGAGGAGCCCCCGGCCGGCGGGCAAGAGCCUCCCCGGCCCCGUCGGGUGGCCGCUGCUGGGCAACGUGCUGCAACUGGGCCGCCUGCCGCACCUCACCUUCGGCGAGCUGGCGCGGCGCUACGGCGACAUCUUCCAGCUGCGCCUGGGCCGGCGCGCCAUCGUGGUGCUCAACGGGGAGGCGGCCAUCCGACAGGCGCUGGUGCAGCAGGCCGUGCCCUUCGCGGACCGGCCCGACUUCCUCUCCUUCGGCCUGGUGUCCGGAGGCAAGAGCAUGGCCUUCGGGCGCUACAGCGAGCGCUGGCGGGCGCAGCGGCGGGUGGCGCACGCCACGCUGCGCGCCUUCUCGACGGCCAACACGCCCAGCAAGCAGCUCUUCGAGCAGCACGUGGCGGCCGAGGCGCAGGAGCUGAUCGACGGCCUGCUGCAGCUGAGCCAGGGCGGCGCUUACGUCGACCCUUCGCCGCUCUUCGUCGUGGCCAAUGCCAACGUGCUGUGCGCCCUCUGCUUCGGGCAGCGCUACAGCCACGCCGACGGCGAGUUUCGCGCGCUGCUGAGCAGGAACCACCGCUUCGGGCAGACGGUGGCGGCGGGCAGCUUGGUGGACGUGCUGCCCUGGCUGCAGGCCUUCCCCAACCCGGUGCGCAGCGUCUUCCGAGACUUCCAGGCGGUCAGCCGCGAGCUGUACGACUUCGUGUGCGCCAAGGUAGCGCAGCACCGCAGCACCUUCCAGGCCGGCGCCCCUCCGCGCCACAUCAGCGACGCCAUCCUGGAGUGCAUGGAGCACGGCCCCGGGGCGCAGCAGGGCCUGGGCGGAGACUACGUCGAGGCCACGCUGGCUGACUUGUUCGGCGCAGGUCAGGACACCACCUCCACCGCCCUCACGUGGGUGCUGCUGCUCCUCCUCAAGCACCCGCACCUUCGACGGCAGCUGCAGGCGGACCUCGACCGGGUGGUGGGCCGCUCCCGGCUUCCGACGGGGGACGACCGCGCCUCCUUGCCUCGCCUGGAAGCCUUCCUCCACGAGACGCUCCGCUACAGCAGCUUCGUGCCCGUCACCAUCCCGCACGCCACGGCCGCCGACGUGCUGCUCGAUGGCUUCCACAUCCCCGCGGGCACGGUGGUCUUCGUCAACCAGUGGUCCGUCAACCACGACCCGCUGCGCUGGAAGGACCCGCACGUCUUCGACCCGACGCGCUUCCUGGACGCCCGGCAGGAGAACGUCGACCGGGACCUCACGUGCCGGGUCAUGAUCUUCUCGACGGGCAAGAGGCGCUGCAUCGGCGACCAGCUGGCCAAGCUGCAGCUCUUCCUCUUCACCGCCAUCCUGCUGCAGCAGUGCGAAGUGGAAGCCAACCCGGCCGAGGAGCUCACCUUGGAUUACGUCUACGGGCUGGUGCUCAAGCCCUUGCCUUACACGGUGUCCGUUUCCCCGCGAAGCGCUCUCCCUAGCGGAGAGGAGGAGGGAGGGAACCUCGGAGGGACCGUCGAGGGCGCCUCUUAGCAAUGGCGCUUCCCUCCCCACCAGCAAGUUCUCCAUAGCCCCUGCUGGCUUUUCAGAGCUGCCCUCUGCCAGAGGAAGUUGAUGUUCCCCCCACCAGCCCCUCCCCCUAACUUUCAGAAGCUCAUGGCUUCAGACGGUGCCUUUCAUACAGGGAUGGGGAACCUGCCGCCCUCCCAGAUGAUGGUGGCUUGGGCUGAAGCUCCCAUCCGCCACAGCUAGGAUGGCCAGUGGUCAGCCAGGAUGGGAGUUCUAGUCCAGCAACAUCUGGAGAGAGCCAAAGGUUCC